AUGAGGUUAGACCGUUUGAGAGAGAGAGACUCCUUGGUUUUUUGCUUUGCCCUUUAAGCGGUAGUGAACUAGUGAUCGACUCGCUCUGUACCUCUUUUUCUCAUGGAAUUCUGGGAAGAAUCCUUGAAUUGAUUGGGUUUUCUUGGUUGGAUUAUAUAUUUAAGGAAACAAUUUUUUUCGAUCAAAUCUUCUUAAACCAUUCUCAAAACCCAAUUCCCAAUAUUUCCGAAGCCGAAUCCUUCUAAAACCCUUCAAAACCCCUAUUUCUUCUUCCCAAAUCCUUGUUCUGAAGAACGAAACGAAGAAGAAGAUGGAGAGAAGAGGCGAAGAAGAAGAGUUAAACAAGCUCUUAGAUGAAAUCCCAAUUGCAAUGUCGCCGUCUUUUGUCUCGAACAAUCGUAGUAGUCAGUACCUUCAGAGACAGAUGAUGCUCUGCGGCAACGGCAACGGCAACGGCAACGGCAACAUUAAUAACGCCAUUAACAACACCAUCAACAAUAACGUUGCGUUCUCUUCUGGGAUUCAAAACCCUCUUCUUCUUGGAACAAUACCUGACCAGUCGCUUGAAUCUGCACUUGCUCGUCUUUCUCUCUCUUCGACUCCUCACCAAUCCCACUUUUAUCCUCCGCCGGCUCCUCCUUCCCUUGGUGGUGACGUUCCCGGUGUUCCCUUACUUGAGAACUCUGCAGUUUUGGAUCCUUUUAUGGGUCAGGGUUUUCAAUCGUUGUCUUAUCAUCAGUUGCAACAAACCGCUAUGGAGGUGGAGUUACAGCGCUUGAAGGUUCAGGGAGCUAUCGCGGCUGCGUUUUUGCGUGCUCGUGCUGAGAGUUACCCCGUUCCUGGAUUAAAUCCUAUCGCUACCAGUGACGAACAUCGUAGGGAAUUCUUUAAUGGCGUAGGGGGUUUGGUUCCCUCCGGUGCUGCAUCUAUUAAUGGUUGUGGGAAAUCUUGCUGCCGUCACCAACCCAGAAACAAUGGCCGCUUGCAGCUUCCAAAACCACCUUCCCGAGAGCAGACCAAACGUUUCCCAAUGACGCCCUGUUUCAAUAGGAACGGUUUCCGCCUCGAUUCUGAUGGGCAUUGCAGAGUAGCUGCACCAGAUGGACAGGUCUUGGAAACGGAAAAUCUAAUCUCAUUGAGGUCCCCGUUCUUCAAUCAGAGCCUACAGCAUCUACAACAGCUCCCAAACUACUCGUCUUUGGAAGAUUUGAGAGGCCGGAUGGUCGCGGUGGCCAAGGAUCAACAUGGGUGUCGAUUCUUACAGAAGAAGUUCGAAGAGGGAAGAAUUGAAGAGAUUGAGAUGAUUUUUGCGGAGGUGAAAGACCAUGUGGAUGAGUUAAUGGUUCAUCCUUUCGGGAAUUACCUUGUCCAGAAGCUCUCGGAAAUAUGUACUGAAGAACAGAAGUUGGAGAUUGUUCACACGAUCACCAAGGAGGAAUUCCAACUUGUCACAAUCUGUCUCAAUAGCCAUGGUACCCGUGCAGUUCAGAAAUUGUUGGAGCAUCUUAACACCCCAGAGCAAAUUUCAUGUCUUAUGUUGGCUUUGAGGCCAGGAACGGUCAUACUUACCAAGGAUGCAAAUGGUCAUCAUGUCAUUCAGCAUUGCCUCCAGCGUUUCUCCAAUGAAGACAAUAAAUAUCUUAUGCACACAAUAGCAGACCACUGUGUUGAGAUUGCCACGGACAGCAGCGGGUGUUGUGUAAUGCAGCAUUGUUUGGCGCAUGCCCUGGGAGAACCAAGAGAGCGCCUUUUGGCUGAAGUUACAGCAAAUGCAUUGGUCCUGUCACAAGAUCCUUACGGAAACUAUGUUGUGCAAUAUAUAUUGGGUCUGAAGAUACCACAUGUGAAUGCUGCUGUAUCAAGACAACUUGAGGGAAGCUAUAUAUCCCUUUCUUUGCAGAAGUUCAGCAGUCAUGUGGUAGAGAAGUGUUUGAGAGAAUCUGAAGAAGAGCAGUCCACAAGGAUUAUCAAGGAGCUCCUCAGUAGUUCAAAAUUUGUUAGUCUUCUAGAGGAUGCUUAUGGAAACUAUGUUGUUCAGUCAGCUUUGUUGGUAUCAAAGGGGGAUACAUACGAUGCCAUGGUUGGUAUAGUUGAAAAUCAUAUUCCAUCUAUGCGCAGCAAUCCUUAUGGGAAAAGGAUCCUAGAUAGGAUCAAGGCAAAAAGAUAAGCGGCAUGUAUAAACAUGUACAAUGUGAAGAGCUAGCUGGCCAAGGAAUUGAUUUGCAUACAACUGCACGGUCAGGGUGGUGUUGGCUUUUUAUUUUUGGGGAUUCUUUUUUGUUAAUCUUUUUGUUGUUCAACCAGAAGUGAAAUACUCAUAACUCAUAUGGGCCCCUCUUCAGAUAAAUGUCUUUAGGUUGGUCAUACGUAUUAUUUGUAGUUUUGUUGCUAUACUGUUGCUUAUAUGAGUACAUAGGAUCAGGUGUAUGAGGCUGUUCUGAAGAGCUCUCCAGGGGUAAGGAGAUUGGUAAAGUUGAUGCAAUUUGCAGCCCCCCAUGGAUGCUCUUCUUUUGAUGUGUACACAAGCUUCUUAUAAAAGGGAUGUAGAGAGACAAAGGGGUGUUGUUCAAACUGUAUAUUCUCAGGUCUUCCCAUUGUUGCUUGUUAUAACAUUAAAGCUAGAGCUAGGAGAUUAUUUUUGAUUUAGUUAAAUUAAUUGAUUUCUUGAAGUUUCUCCCA